AUGGCGACUUACUUCACAACAAACACUAUCUUUGUUGCUUAUCUCUUGUUCUGUCUCUUCAUCACAUCUUCGUCUACACGUUCCUUCAUACGACAAUUCACUGAUGACUUCAACACAACUCUGCAGCAGGAUAAUGGAGCAAGAUCAAACCCAAACCUGGAAGACGCACCAUACGUCUUACAUGAGCAUCAAGAAGUCUCAUCACGUGAUUACAAAGUCUCGGCUUCAAACAGAGUUCAGGGUCUGAGAGAUCGUCCUCCAUCGUCUUACUCUCUCAAGAUGGAAUCUUUCAACACACUCCUUAAGUCAACCAACACAGAGAAAUAUGUAUCUCGUCCUUUUGCGGUUGGUGGAUACAACUGGACACUGGUUGUGUACCCUAACGGGAACAAGCAAGAUAGUGGUUCAGGGUACCUUUCGCUUUACGUGGCAAUAGAUAACUCGACACUCGUCGCUGCACAUCAAGAGGUUUACGCGGAUCUAAGGUUUUACGUCUUCAACAAGAACGAGAGGAAGUACUUCACCAUCCAAGAUACCGAUGUGUGGAAGUUUAGUGUCUUCAAAACAAUGUGGGGAUUCUCUCAGGUUCUCCCUGUUGAUACAUUUAAAGACCCGAGCAAGGGAUACCUCUACGAUGGAGAUCACUGCGAGUUUGGAGUUGAUGUGACCAUUCCUUCUCUCUUUGAAAAAUCAGAACUUUUCUCUGUCGCUGAGAAUUUCCAAAACCCGAGAUUCACCUGGACCAUUCGGGGAUUCUCCACGCUGUUCAAAGACGUUUACCUAUCAGAUGUGUUCUCCAUUGGAGGAAGAAGUUGGCAAAUACAAGUCAAUCCAAAUGGUCGUGCCACUGGAGAGGGAAAAGCCUUGUCGAUGUAUCUUAAUCUUGAUGUGAACGAGAAAUUCAGACCUUAUGAGAAGAUUUAUCUUCGAGCCAAGCUUCGAGUCCUUAACCAAGGCCAACUCAGUAACGUCGAAAGGCCACUCGAUCUUUGGUACAAUGGUCCGGGAUAUGGAGCAGGAUAUAGCUGGGGUUACCAUGAGUUUAUCUCUCUAGCUGAUCUCAAAGAUUCAUCAAAAGGUUUCAUUGUGAAUGAUAUGUUGAUGGUUCAAGUUGAAAUAGAGGCAAUUUCUUCAACCAAGUACUUCCCUAAUUAG